AUGUCCAGCACCGGUCGGCGGACGGCGAGCGCCUUCUCCUCGGCGUCUGGUUACGCCGAUGCCAGCGAAAUGGACAAGUACCGCCUCGUCUCGAACAUUGGCAAGGGGUCUUUUGGCGUCAUUUCCAAGAUCCAGCGGAUAGAGGACGGCAAGCUGAUCCAGAAGAUCAAGGACCCUAAGAACGAGCGCAUUUACAUCGUGAUGGAGUACUGCACGUCUGGAGACCUCGGCAGCCUGAUCCGAAAAGCGCAGCGGACGAAUACACCGAUUCACGAGGACAAGAUCUGGAACAUCUUCCUGCAGAUCACCCUUGCGCUGCACCACUGCCACUGGCCGGAACAGCGAGCAGCUGGGCGAGUUAGAAGCUCGUCUGAGCGAACGCAGGUACUUCACCGCGACCUGAAGCCCGAGAACGUCUUCCUGUCCGGCGACAUCGUAAAGCUGGGUGACUUUGGUCUCUCAAAGGACAUGGGCGGAUGCGCGUUCACGUCAACUUACGUCGGCACGCCGCUGUACAUGCCGCCGGAAAUCCUGGCCGAGAACCGCUACGACACGAAGAGCGACAUGUGGUCUCUGGGCUGUCUCGUGUUCGAGAUGUGCGCGCUGACCUCUCCCUUCUCGACCGCAACGACGCAAGAGGAGCUCAUCAGCAUGGUGAAGAGUGGCCGACUCCCGCCUCUUCCGGGCCACAUUAGCCCGACGCUGAAGAGCGUGAUCCGCGCGAUGCUGAGCCUGAACCCCGUCCGGCGCCCGAGCACCAAGGACCUGCUCGAGAUGGACGAGAUGAAGCUGCACCGCAAGCUGUUCCAAGUGCAGAACCAGGCGUCGAUCCUCUCGCAGCGCAAGGAGGAGUUCAUCGCGUACGAGACGCGGCUGGCAGAGCGUAACGCCGCUCUGGAGCGAAGGGAGCGUGCCCUCGCCGAGCGCGAGGCGGCCCUGACCGAGCGGGAAGCGGACAUGCUCGCGCGCGAGGCGGCGCUGACGGAGCGCGAGGACAUUCUGCGCGAGAACCACAAGUUAAUGGCGCUCGCAAACGCCUCGCUCCGGGAACAGUGGGAGGCGCUCCGUCUCGAGAAGGAGGCGAAGGACGCCGAGAUCGCUCGCCUCGCUGCGCUCUCCCGAUCAGCCGGGUCUGCCGGAACGGGCGACUCGGGUAGAGACCGUGAGGGCUCCGUCGGAUCGCUCGACAGUGUGGACGAGGACGCGGGGGCCGAGCGCGACCCGCCGCCCAGGAGACGGUACCAGUACGAGGACACGCCGUCCAAGAUCCCGCUCCCGUGCACCUCGCCGCUGCCUUUGCGCAACCAGCGGUCGGCGGGCGCGCUGGGCCGGAAGAACGUCUCGAAGAGCAUGACGAACCUCUCCUCGGCGAGCUCGAAGCUCGAAGCGCCCCCCGUACCCGGCACGGCAGGCAUGGCGACGCCGAAGAAGCCGCAAGCGAGCCCGAACCGGCACGUAGCGGGACGCACGAGCAUCGGGUCGCCGGGCGAGCUCGAGCGCGUGUUCGAGCAAGGCGACGUCUCGAUGCGCACGGCGUCGUUCGCCUCCCCCGCUCCGGGACAAUUACCGACCCCGGCCUCGCGCUUCCGCCGCCGCCAAAGUUCGCUCGGCGGCGACGCGCAGCGGGGCAGUUUCCUCCCCACGCGCACCGAAUUACGGGGCGACUUGCGCGCCGAGUUCCAGCGUGCUGCGGUCGAGCGCAACGUCGAGCGCAAGAACAGCGCCGAGCGUCUCCUCGAGGCGCGAGUGGAGCGGGCGGAGCGUAACGAGCGCAGCGACGCCGGCCGCUUCGGCACAAGUGUCGAGCGCUCAGAGCGCCUCGCGAGCCUCAUGACGCGCCGCAGCGGUAGUUCCGAGAAGCUGUCCACGCCGGCCAAGACGCCCUUCACGUGGCGGCCGGACCAGACGCCUGCGCGGUGGGACGCGGCGGACCCCGAUGCGCCCUCCCCGUUCUUGAAGAAGCAGGCCGAGACGGCGAGCAUGCUCGCGCUCGUGGACCGGAAUGAGCAGAUUGCGGCCGAGCUCCCGCUGCCGCCUGCGCGCGCGCCGCUGGGCGCCAUCCAGCCGAAUGGAACCUCGAGGGAGACUGGGUUGGCGGGGACGAGGCAGAGGACGAAGAGUGGCAGUCUGCAUGCCAACGUCCUCAGGCAUAAUGCUGCUAGAAGCAGUGAGGCGCUGAGGAAGCGAUAG